UUCCAAAGCCAGGCUGCCUAUUGUUGUGUGCUUAUGACCCAUCCUUCUACAGUCCUUUUUCUUUUUCAUCCCCCCACCCCCCGUCUCUGCCCCACUCUUAUCUCACCCUCAGAUUGAGCAUGGCUGGAGAGUCCAGGCCGGGCUCUGUCCAUCCAGGCCAGAAGAGGCCACAGGACACGACCAUCUUCCGGGUGGAUGGAAGCAAGAGAACCCCUCUAUUCAUCAACCCGGUGCCUGCCAAGAGCCGCAGGGCCCACCUAAGUCCGAGGGUCAAGAAAACCAACAGUCCUUACAAGGCCUGCAGGAACAGCCAUCUGCUCCAGGGCCAUAGAAAGACAGUCCAGACCGAGGAGCUGGAUUCCAUCAGGAUGGAACUGAGUCAGAUCAAAGCCCAGGUGGACAGCCUAUUGGAGAGUCUGGAGUCCAUGGAGCAGCAGAGGCACCAGCACACAGGUGAAGAAUCAAGCAUUGGACCUGGAUAGCCCAGAGGUGGGGACCCUUCCAGGCUCCAGUGUUACUUCUUGGAUGGCUUGUUUCCUUAUUUUGUGUUUUUGGAAGACCGUUGGUCACACCCAUGCAACCUGAAGUAACCUUCCUGGGGCUAGGGCAAUGCAAGUGGAAGCAUGGUUCUGGCAACCCACCCAGAAAACCUCCCAGUGGUUGUGGGUUUAACGUUUGAGGUCUUUUCCAUGAGUCCAGGGGUGGGCAGGGUAGGAAAGUCCCACAGCCAGCAGUAUCUCACCAUCCUCAGUCUUGCAAGAGGACCCCGACAGGGCCCUGAACCCAAAGAGCACUAUUAGCCCUCACUGAAUGAAUGCAGACUGCUUAUUUUCCUUCCCCGUGCACCACUAAACCUGGUGUGGAAGCUCUUUUCUUCAGCCACAGUAGUAAACACACUUGUGUCCCUGCACUGACA